AUGCUUAACAUCGUGUUUCCUACUAUACCGGAAGUUUUGGAACUGAUUUAUCAAUUGAUUCGAUUGAUUGUUCUUGCCAUUGCCAUCAUUUUCCUUGUUGCUGCUCCUCUUUUACUUGCUGUGCAUUUGGUGCAUGUUCAUCAUAUUUUUUUGUCUCUUUUAGCAAUUCAAAGAUUCAUUUUAUACUUUUUCCCAAAUUUGGAGAAAUUCGUUAGUUUUGGAUUCAAAACUACCACAAAAUUUAUCUAUUUUAUUCAUUUUUCAUGUUUCAUUCCGUUUCCUGCAAGUUUCAUCGUUAAUAUAUUUGUUGGGGUUAUCCACGGCAGCACGUUUGACAUAGCAACCGUAUUACAGCAAUUAGAAAUAACAUAUCAUACUUCCUUGAACUGCAUUGUCAUAUCAUCUGCACUAUUAUACAUUCCAAUACUCAUCAGCAUCUUUCGUCUUCGUCAUUUACCAUCCAUCGAAAAACACAAACCACACAAAUACAUUCUCUACCAAACAAUCAUCCUGGUUUUCUACAAAAUUGUGGAAGCGGUAACCGUUUCAAUAUUAAAAACGGAUAAUAAUUUACUUGUAUCAUCUGUAACGGAUAUUUUUGUAACGCAAUUGUUAGUUCAAAUACCGUAUCUUUUUUGUAAUCGGAGGAAUGUGAUGGCAAUGAGGAAACGAUUAUCACUGAAGUAUUUAUGGUCUAAAAUAAGACAUCGAAAUAAUCAAAUUGCAAUUUCUCAUAUUCAAUCUACUAAUUUUUAA